AUGGCGUACCAACAAACCUACUACCAGACCACCUCCCUCCCCAUCGCCGUUCCUCACAAAGUUCAAUAUUCUCAAUAUCACACUCCUCAACAAUACAGCUAUGCCGUUUCUCCUCCUGAGGCUCCCGAGUCUGUCACUACAGGUUCCGGGAUGGCUCCAUCAUACGGAAACUCUGCAUACUCCGCAACUUCCAGCAGUUACGCCGGAAGCAUGAGCGGCUAUAGCGGCUACGACGACAGCCAGUCUUCCGCGAACAACGUUGAUAUGCAAGAGUACAUGCAAGAACGAUUUGCCGGCUCUUGCGAUCCGCUCCCUCUUGACCGCACUUUGGCGAUGCAAGCCCAAACAUCUGGAUUGCUGAAUGCGAAGACCCGAGAGCUUGGGGAUUUGCAGCAAUUGGCGCAACAGCGUCUGCAAAGGUCAAAAGCUAGACUCGCAGAAGCCUACUCAGACUCGCGAGAGGUGAAGAGAGAUUUGGAAUGGUCGCAAAAGCGCGUUUCAUCGAUGAAGACAAAAGCGUCUCGAAAGCACCCCAAGGAAUACAAGCAAGCUCGUGCGCGGUAUCCAUCGCCAGAAUACUAG